UCUUGGGCUUUGGGCUUUGGGCUUGGGCCGAACGGAACAGAGAGUCAGAGAUGCCGCUCGCCGCGUGCACCGCCGGCGGUGACGGCGGCGCGGCGGCGACUUGGACGCCGCCAUUCUGCACCAUCAUGGCGGUCGACACGUCCGACUUCUCCUAUCUCUCCUGCCCGCGCUGCGAACUCGCGCUCCCGGACGGCGCCGUCUCCUGCUUCGCCUGCGGCGGCGGAGGCGGAGGCGGAGGCGGCCAACCAGCCCCGACCCGCGUCUACCGCCUGCUCCUCUCCCUCGCCACGCACGACCGCGUCGUCCCCGUCGUCCUCUUCAACCGCGCCGCCCGCACCCUGAUGGGCUGCCCCGCCGACGACCUCGCGCGCUUCUUCGCCGCACACCCGGGCUCGGCCCGCGCCGCCGCGGAGGCUCUGCGCGGGGAGAUGUGCCGGGUGGUGCUGCGCGCCUCUGCCAGGAACAAAAGGAGCACCGGCGCCGCAGACGAGCGACUACGCGUCGUCUCCGUCGUCCCGCUUCGCGACAGUUUCCGCCCGAUCGUCGACGCCCUCAGGACGCUGUACCCGCGCAGCUGAUGCUCCUCGUUGCCGUAGUGCCACCAUGGCACACAAUGGCGUUAGGAUUUAGAGCCUGUGACGAUGAGGACGACACCAAGGAGCAGCCGUGCAGAUGCAUGCUGCGUCAACAGUUGAGCUUCAAGAGUUUGUCCUCGACUUUAAGCUCUGCCGCUUUGAGUACAAUCUAACUCAGCAUCGGUCCAAGUGUGAUACACUAGCGAAGAUCUAGUUGGUGCGAAUCAUAUCUUUGAAUUUUUGCAGUGCUGCUGGUGAGCGUACUGAUUAGCCAAAUGAUCCAAGGUGUGAGCUACCACAAAGAGAAAGACCAUCAUUCAAGCUGAGGCGAUCAGUGGUGUAUCAUUUUCAGUAUGCCAGUGAACCGUGUGUCGGUAGUGAUGGUGAACAGCAAUCAUGUGUAUGACUUAAAAUUGCACUGAACAUGGAAUUGUUUUUUUCUUUUUCAGCAAGUUAAGAUUUUUUUUUUGGUGA